GGUUUUCUAAUGACCUUUGUUGUCAUGGUGACAGCGAAUAUGUGCACGAAUGAAACUCAAGCAGCGAAGGCAACUCUAUCUGGAAGUUUUGGGAUCCCUGGAUAUAGUUAUCUCUAUUUGUUGGAUAUUUUGGAGGAUCAAACAAGAGAUUCACUCUAUUUUAUUGGUUAUUUUCAGGAAACUACUCCAAUCGGCACAAUCAUCUAUCAGUCAGAUCCCAAUCUUGACAAGAUCAAAGUAAUGACUUAUGAUAUGGAGUCCCAUUACUACGCUUAUGCAAUUGAUCCGAGUGGAGACUUCAUCUAUGCCCAAGUUUUAGGUACCAGCAAGAUAGUUGAGAUUAGGACUACUGACCUGGAGAUCUCGAGAGAGCUAUCAAUUAGUUCUGCCACGGUGAAUAGAUACUCGAACUUGGAAAUAAACAAAGGGUUUUAUUUUAGCCUCGUGAUAAGCUCAGAUAUGCAUACUUGUCAGUGGGAUAAAGUAAAUACUCAUCUUGACUGAUUUACUUUUGGAGUUAAUAGCCCAACGAACUUAGCCUCGAUAAAUAGUGAUCUUAUAUUCUUUGGAUCUGUUGAUACAGGGGUAGAUCAGUACUAUUUGGUCAAUUAUAAUUUUUCAGAUCCUUCUGGUUUUGUAAGGAAAAGAAGUAUUUCGUGCCCAACUUCGGGUUGAGCAAGUAGAUUUAGCAAUUCAAUUUUGAGUAGAGACGAAGAAUGGAUAUACACAAUGAUUUUAUAUAAUGAAAAUUUUAUCUUUCAUAAAUUAUCAGUAACUAGUGGGAAUACUCAAAAUGCUGGAUUUAUUUCAAAUGAUAAUGGAUAUACUUAUAGUUACGCAAUGAAAGAAUUCAAUGACUUCAUUGCUAUUAAUAUUCGUAGUGCAUCUUUUGCCUUCUAUUUUAAAUUAAUUUUGAUAAGCACAACAAGCAAUGAAAUUUUCAAAGAGUAUAAAUCUGAAUACAAAGGAGAAGAACUAAUGUAUCAUUGAGGAAGAAUUUACACUAGUACACCAUAUUUCAUCGCAAGGACAACUCCUUACAAUAUUGGACAACUAGACAACCUCGAAGAAGCAGCCUCCACCUUCACACCAAUUACCACUAACUAUCAAGUAACUGCAACAGCAUCUAAUCCAAAUAUUAUCACGAGUACUAAGACUCUGAUUAUUUCAACAUCAUCAUCGGUUAUAACGAAUGAUAUAACUUCGACAACAAAUCCUUCUUUCACCUCUGAUGUGGCUCUAUGGAAUGAAGACUAUAUUCUGACAGUUCAGGGUAAUUCUAUAGUUCAAUUGAACUUUACGUGGACUUGAACCCACACUACAAACUCAGCUAGCAUUAGUUUCAGUCUAGCUCAGACUGGGUCUAAUGCAAUCCCUGAGUGGGUGCAGCUGGAUGCAGUCAAACAAGAGCUGCACCUCAACACAACUCCUAAGCUCACAGUGGCAGAGACUUUUUAUUUUUCUCAGCAGUUCUCUUUUAAUAGUGAAGUUUACUACAAAAAGUUCGAGAUCACUGUUGAAGAGUGAUCUAUUCAGAAUUGUAAACUCUGAAAACUGGGAGAUUCUAAUAUUUGAGAGACUUGAGAAGAUGGUUAUCAAAACGCUAAUGAACAAACAUCUUGCUCAGAAAUUGCUACAACUUCUGAGGUUUCUAGAUCUUCUGCGACAACAAAAGCAGCAGCUGCUUUAACGACUUCAAGCAUAAUAAUCGCAAGUUCUUCAUCUAUUCUUUCACUAUCAUCCAUCAACUCAAUUUUUAGCAUUAUGAAUAGUCUGCAGUUGGCGAUAUUAUUACCUCUGGUUCCUGAUUACUUUUCUCUUAAAGUGUUAGAUAUUCUAAGUGGAAUGGGCUUCGCGAUGAUGUCUUUUGAUUUUAUCAAGUUCGAAGAUCUUCCGUGUGCACAAGAUCUUACCGACUGGGUGUCAUACCCUCAGUCUGACCAAUACUUGAACAGCCUCGGAAUGAGGUCUGGGAGCUCGGUUGUCAACUACUUAUCACUAAUGGCUAUUAUUUUACUUAUUGCGGUUACUCAUUUUGGUGUAUAUUUGUUGUGUGUAUGAAUUCAGAAUUCCAAACACAGAAAAUGUAAGAAGUUUAUGAAGAGUCUUUUCCAGUUCUUUACAUUCAACAUUUAUAUAAGGGUAUUCAUCCAAGCAUUUAUGUUCACUACUUUGUCAAUAUUUUCUGAACUAUACAACCUGAAUCUCUCGACAACUGUGACUAAAAUAUCCUUUGGGUUAUGAGCAAUAUUCUGAAUAUGCACAAGUAUACUAUUUUUUCUGUCGUUCUAUAUGUAUUAUAAGUCGUUUCCUCAGGUUAACUCAAAAAAGUAUUGGCCAUGUGUUGAGUACUUUAAUGGGAUAAAACCAACCAAAUUCUCUAAAUUAUACUCAAGUCUUUUUAUGCUAGUAAGAUUAUCAUUGAUUUCCUUACUAAUAUUUGGACAGUCUAUUGGUUCACAUGAUAAAGCCACUUAUUUCUAUUUGGUAAACAUUGCAUACGGAGCCUACUUAAUACUUGUAAGACCAUUUGAAAAUCUCCAAGACAACAUAAUCGAGAUUAUAAACCAGAUAAUUUUCUGUUGUUUGGCUAUUCCUCUAUCUUGGCUAAACACUGAGGAAGCCUGGACCCCAUUCUACGAAAAGUACUACACAACAAUAUUUAUAGUAUCUCCAGCUAUAGGGAGCAUAAUCUGACUAGGUUUCCUCAUUAAAUCAAUCAUAGUAUACAUUUACAAAAGAAAAUCAAAGAAAACCCAACAAAGCAUCACCCCAAAAGAACCCUCUCCAAACCAAAGAGCACCCCAAAUCCAAGAAUUGCCCAACUCCAGACCCCCUCGCUCCAUUAACCAGCCUUCCUCGAGCAUGAGCAGAAGUAAUGCUCUGAUAUUUCCUCGCCAAAGCGGCCAAACCCGGCCACACAGAAUGUACUACCCUCAAAGAACUCCCAUGAGGAGGAAAUUAAAUCCUCGCAUUUAA